GAGCUUUAUAAGCUAGACUCGCCUCAACCUUACCUGCUCAAGGUGGGGGUCAAUGAAACAACAAGACCAAGAAAAAAAGCUCAAGGGAGCCCAAGAGCAGAAAUAAAGAGAAAAGCUAAAAAAAAAAAGCCUUAAAGCUUAAAGAAAGCUGAUAGCAGAAAGCAAUAGCUUUUCUUCUUCAUGUUCCCCCCUCCCUACCUUUCUCUCUCUAAGCAAACCUUCCUUUCUAUCUUUCUCUCUCUGCCCAUUUUCCUCUUGUGUUAUCAGUAAAGCUGAAUUCCCACCUCGCACUAUUCCAACUCCACCACCUGUACAGCUAAAGAUUGAUUGAUUUGUUUUUCACUUCAACUCACACACAGACGCACCACCAACAACAAUCUCCAACAUAUAGUCUACCGAGAAACACCAAUAACAAUAUGUUGGACAACACUCCUACUUCUGCCCUUCCAUCUUCCUCCUCUGAUCCUCUCACUCCCUUGGAAAAUGGGGCCACCCAGAAAAGAAAAAGAAAGCCAGCAGGCACCCCAGAUCCGGAUGCGGAGGUGGUGUCUUUAUCUCCAAAAACGCUGCUCGAAUCAGACAGAUAUGUUUGUGAGAUCUGCAACCAGGGAUUUCAAAGAGACCAGAACCUUCAAAUGCAUAGGAGAAGGCACAAGGUGCCUUGGAAGUUGCUGAAAAGGGAAACGCAAGAGGUGAAGAAGAGGGUAUUUGUUUGCCCUGAGCCAAGCUGCUUGCACCAUGACCCUUGCCAUGCCCUGGGAGAUCUGGUUGGCAUAAAGAAACAUUUCAGGAGGAAGCAUAGCAAUCAGAAACAGUGGGUUUGCGAGAAGUGCUCUAAAGGAUAUGCUGUUCAGUCUGAUUACAAGGCUCAUCUCAAGACUUGUGGCACAAGAGGCCAUUCUUGUGACUGUGGCCGUGUUUUUUCCAGGGUGGAGAGUUUCAUUGAGCACCAAGAUGCUUGCACUGUUCGGCGAGUUCAACCUGAAUUGCAGGCGCUGCAGCCUGCCUGCUCCUCUCGAACGGCUUCAAGUACUAGUCCAUCAAGCGAUGCCAACUUUAGCAUAGGCCCGUUGCCUGGGUUGCCGUUGCCAAAAUCAAUUGAGCCUAUUUUCUUGUACAGUCAUGCGUCUACUUUUGACCACCAGCACCAACUGCAACACAAUCUUGAACUUCAGCUUCUACCAUCAUCAAGCACUCACUCGUCGCGUAAUUCAGAUGAGAAUUACGCGACUCGUUUGAAGUUAUCAAUAGGAUCAAGUGACUGCGGUGAAAAGAGAGAAGCAAACAAGCUUAGUUUGGAUACAUGUAGAGAAAAAAGUGCCAGUGAAACGGCAUUGGAAGCUACAAGGUUGAAAGAGUUUGCUAGUGAGCAGCUAAAGUUGGCUAUGGCCGAGAAGGCCUACGCUGAAAAGGCUAGACAAGAAGCAAAGAGGCAGAUAGAGAUGGCUGAGCUUGAGUUUGCUAGUGCUAAGAGGAUAAGGCAACAAGCGCAAGGUGAACUCGAAAAGGCUCAAGUUCUGAAAGAUCAGGCGACAAAGAAGAUAAGUACUACUAUCAUGCAGAUCACUUGUCAAGCUUGCAAGCAUCAAUUCCAAACAUCGACAGCUGCGGUUCCAGCUGAUGAGACCUCACUCGCUAUGAGUUACAUGUCCUCAGCCACAACAGAAGGGGAAGGAGAGUGACGGCAAGUUGAUCAAGCAAUGAAAAUGAUCAAUCCUUAGCCCUUAAAUCUCUUUGUUUUUGAUCUGCAUGUUUCGUUUUUCUUUGCUAUGUCAAGUAGUUCUGACCAAUAUCAUGGCUUUGGUUAAAAAAAAAGAAAAAAAAAGGUAUCUGUAAGCAGUUUUUGAAUUGAUUUAGUAUAUCUUCAUUUGUUUAAUUGAACGUAGAUGAUGCAAUUUAAUGGUAUGCAGUGAAGUGCAAUAUGCCAAUAUCUAUAUA